GCACAAAACCAACUGAUUUUGUUCUUUUGUUUCAGUUCCACCAUGAGGCAUCCCAUUCAGUUGCUUGGACUUCUGAUAGUAGCAUAUUUUAGUGGUUCUCAAGCUGAAAGUUCCUUCUCACAAUACUGGGAAGAACAUAUUGGUCUUCCACACCCUCCACAUUGGUUAGCUGCAAAGGCUUCUCCAUUAAACCCUUAUCAAGUAACAAUGUAUAUGAAACUAAUGGAAGAAAAUGAAUUGGCUUCCCAACUAUCUUCUUUUUGUAAGCAAGCUAAUGUUGCUUGCUCUACAAAUGCACUGGUGAAGAGGCCAACAACUGACACAACCCUACCACCAAUAGCCCAAUGGAAUGAGGAAAAACUGAAAUAUGAGCUUCCAAAUGAUAUACCCCUGUCAGUUGCUAGCCAAGGGGGAUUGCCAUAUUUUCGGGAGUCAAUGGUGAAAGAGGGAGGUUUCAUGCCUGUCCCUGAUCUAAGAGAUCCAAUGUCAUAUAAAUCGUUUUUACCGCGAACUCUGGCAUAAAAAAUCCCAUUUUCAUUUACUCAGAUCAAAGAAUUAAAGA